UCUUUAGUUGACAGAAUUAAUAUUGAUGUACUAUACGCCGUUGAAGGCCCACGAACAUUUCGAGACCAUGAUCAUGCUCAACUCUGUGAAAAGAUCAAAGAAGUUGCUAUCAAAUAUGGGAACGACAUUCGACGAUUAUGUGUUUUCGAAAGAGCUUUAAGGAGAGAAGCUGCGAUUAUUAGGAAAGAACUGGAAAUUGAAGGAAUCUACCCAGAUCAGUUAGAAAUGUUAAUUGCUCUGAAGACUAUGAAGAUGAAAGGAUUGAGAAAUGGCUUGAAUUCUAUAAGUAAAAUUUUUUUAAGACAGUGCUCAAUGAUGCAGUCUCAUUCAGAGGACUGUAUAAAGAAAGCUAAAACUCAACUUGGCGGUUUUCCAGUAUUUAUAAAACCUGCUCGACCUGGUAAUAAAUGUGUUCACAGUUACUCAGUAGCAUCAAACCCGGAAGAAAUGAGAGCAUGGAUUAAGGUUUUGAAACUCAUGAAUUACCGAUCGGACUAUGUGUUUGAAGAGUACCUUUCUAAUGGACACGAGUUUACCGCAGUAUGUUCAAAAACUGGUCUUAUAGGUUCAAUAGCAACGAUGGAUCAAAGUAGAACGCUUUAUGAAUGCGUUAAGAACAAAAAGCCUUACGCCGUUGAAUACCUUAACGUCGAACAGUGUAGAAACUGCUUACCAGGGAUUGAAUCUUUUGUCAACAAAGCUAUUAAGUCACUUGAUCUCAGGCAUUUUGCGAAAAACUUGCUUUUUAUUAAGGGGUUUUAUAAAGCGCAUAAUUUAAUAAGCUUUAUAAGUGCUUCAUUUGAGCCGCGGUCGGAAACUGACUACAGGCUGCUGCAGGAAGCCAACAACUCAGUUAGCUGGGAAGUACUAGAUUUUUUUGCACCGAAAUUUCCAGACCGGUAUUUUAUGGUCAUUAAUUUUCCUAAAGUAGAGGGAGUUCUUCUACAUCAAACUAAUAUCCCCCGUAAGGAGGCUGACAUACGAGUAGCGUGGCGAGUCUCUGAAGGUGAAGAACUAUACGACUGUGAUUCAGUAGACGAUAAUAUCCUGCAAGUAAAUUUUAAGCAAUUUUUGAGACGUAAAGAUAACCGAAGAGUUCUAGCUUCUGAAGUGGCACAGAUAAUGGACACAACACAGAUAACAGUUGACAGGGCAUGUAUAUUUGAGGAAAGUUCCACUUGCAACCAGCCAUAUAAUCAUGUGGCAAAUCACAGUUGUGAUUCGCAGUGUACAAAUGUGGAAUAA